GGGAGAUUCAGAUACCGGUCAAUGGAAUAUGAAGUCCCCGAUUUUAAUUUCGCUUGCACUUCUCAGUAGACAAGAUUACCUGUAGAGAUGAGGUUCUGCUUAGCAUUGGGAUUGCUGGUGAUCGUUGGAAUUGCCAACGGUCAGAGGGAGUUCCCCAAGGACUUUCUCUUCGGAGUAGGAACUUCAGCCUACCAAAUUGAGGGUGCAUGGGAUGAGGAUGGGAAAGGUGAAUCCAUCUGGGAUCACCUGGUUCAUAAUCAUCCGGAAAAAAUAAAAGAUAGGACCAAUGGAGACAUCGCCUGUAACAGUUAUCACCUUUGGCGUCGCGAUGUGGAGAUGAUCAAAGAACUAGGUGUGGAUGUGUAUCGGUUUUCGAUUGCCUGGACUCGUAUCAUGCCAACCGGAAUAAGCAAUCAGAUCAAUCCGAAGGGUAUUGAGUAUUACAAUAAUUUGAUCAAUGCUCUGCUGGAACACAACAUCACCCCUCUAGUGGUUUUGUACCAUUGGGAUCUUCCCCAAAGACUUCAGCAACUGGGUGGUUGGACCAAUCGGGAAAUCGUGGGUCAUUUCCGGGAGUAUGCUAGAGUGGUUUUCCGGGCUUUUGGAGAUCGUGUGAAAUGGUGGACCACUUUCAAUGAACCACUGCAGACUUGUAGACAGUCCUACGAGUGGGACGCUAUGGCUCCUGGAUAUGAUUUCCCCGGAAUUCCGAGCUAUCUAUGUACCCACAAUCUGCUGUUGUCUCAUGCGGAAGCAGUUGAUCUUUACCGGACCCAGUUUCAACCGGAUCAAGGUGGUAGCAUCGGAAUAACACUGGAUUCUUCGUGGGCGGAACCGGAAAGUGACUCACCCGAGGACAAAGAUGCGUCGGAUCAGAAUCUGAGAUUUUUCUUCGGAUGGUACGCAAAUCCCAUUUUCUCCGAAGCGGGCAACUACCCUCAAGUGAUGAUCGACCGGAUCGCCAACUUCAGUCAGCACCAGGGUUUCCCAAAAUCCCGACUGCCCUCGUUCACUCCUGAUGAAAUCAUCAAACUUCGUGGGUCAUCGGACUUCUUCGGCCUCAACACCUACACCACCUACAUGGUGCGCAAAAACGACGACCAAAACUCGGCUCACAUGCCGGAACCUUCGUUCGAUCACGAUCGGGGUGUGAUCGAGUACCAAAAGGAUGAAUGGCCAGCAACCGGAUCGGAUUGGUUUCGAGUUUUCCCAAAGGGUCUAUAUAACCUGUUGAUGUGGGUUAAAAAAGAGUACAACAACCCACCGAUCUAUGUGACCGAAAAUGGGGUCAGCGAUCGGGGUGGUAUGCGAGAUGCAGCUCGGGUUCAGUACUUCAAAGAUUAUCUGAAUGAGGUUUUGAAUGCUCUCGAUGAUGGAGCCAACGUUAAAGGCUACGUAGCUUGGAGUUUGAUGGAUAACUUCGAAUGGAGAGCUGGGCUAUCGGAACGUUUCGGGCUGUACUAUGUGGAUUACAAUCACCCGAAUAGGACUCGGGUUAGAAAAUCCUCGGCCAAGUUUUACGCGGACGUUGCCAAAACACAUAAAAUCAAUAUGGAUUUGAUGCCCGAGCCGGAUGACGAUAACCCGAAAGAUGAUGAUGAUGCGGGAGCUUUAGCUGCUCCGACUGUUUUUCUUUUGUUUAUAAGCUUAGUUCCUUUUCUGCGUUAUUUCUUUUAA